AUGGGAUCGCCGCGGAGCACCGGGGCCGGCCCGCGGAGCCCAGCCUCCAGAGCCCCUGCAGCUGGCAGAGAACAGACUCCUGCGAAGACUUCUGGCCCGGGCUUAGCCACCGGUGGGGCACGCGCCAGUGGGCCCACCAGGUUAGGGUCUCUUGGACAGAAGGGGCCUCGUCCCCUGGCAGAAGAGCCUGUGGACCCAGGAAAAGCCCCAGAAGUUCUCAGGCGCAGUGCCCUGGGUCCUGGAGCUCGGAGAGAAUCUUCUGGGCUCGCCCCAGGGGCUUCCUCCCCAGCCCUCUCUCGCCGGGCCCGGCCUGCAGGUGCUGAUGGGGGUCUGCCUCGCACCGCUCCGAGUGCCCGGCCCAGCAAGCCCCCAAAUGAAGCACCCAGGAAAGCUGGGAGCGUCGCCCCUGAGCGCAGCAGAGCUGAGCAGAGCCCCACGACCAAGAGGCGACCAGGCGCCGGCGGGGGUCUCCAGAGGCCAGUCUCGCGCCCCCUGGGCUCCAGCACCACCACCCCUCUGUCCUCCCCUGCACGCUCCGGGGUCUCCUCCGCUGCGGGUGCACCCCGCGCUCUGGGCCACCCCUCCCAGCCCAAGUCCAAAGGGCUGCCCACUAUGCGCCCCCCGCAAGCCACACCCCCAAGGAAGGGAGCCCCCUCGGCCCAGGGCCUUGCUCCCCCCUUGGCCACACCCGCUCCACCGGGUCGCAAGUCGCAGCUGCCACAGUCGCGCCAAGUCACGGCCACUCCUCUGCCAGAUGCGCUGCCACCCUCGCCGCCCACGACGCCCCCUUCCCAGGCCCUGCCGGCUCCGUUGGCCACGCCCCUUCCACUAGCUCCUCCCUCCCCACCCGUCCCUCCGGGCCUGCAGACCCUCCCCUCUCCUCCGGCCACGCCCCCUCUGUCAGCUCCGCCCACACCCCUGGGCGCCUCCUUGGAGGGCUCUGCCUCGCCCCUGGCAGCCAUCCUGCUGAACCCGGCGGCUGCCCUGUCCACACCCCUCCUCCCAGCUCUUUCCCCCCUGGCCACGCUCCAGACCCUCGGUUCUCCCGCGUCCACGCCCCCGCCUCAAGCCACGCCUCCCUCCCUGACUCCGCCCCCCUCGCUGGCCCCGCCUUUGGCCGCACUUCCGCCCUCUCCGGCCGCACACCCUCCGCGGAGCCCGUCUCCGGACGCUCUGGCUCCCCUGGCUUCUCCGUCGCUGCACGCCCCUUCCUCGCUCCUGGCCACGACCCGUCCUCAGAUCCCGUCGCCUCGGGCCACGAGCCCGCAGCAGGCCUCUUCGUCCCUGCUGCCCCUGGCCCCUAAGCAGCCUACCCCUCCUGUGGCCGCGCCCCUCCUGCUGGCCACGCCCUCUCCCCAGGCCCCGCCGGCCCUGGACUUGCCCCCUCUGCAGACCCUGCCGUCUCCUCCUGCCUCGCCCCCUCUGCAGGUCCCCGCCACUCCCCAGGGCUUGCCCCCUCUUCCGAUCCCUCUUUCUCCUCCUGCUUCACCCUCUUCACCUCCCUUAGCCUUGCCCUCGACACAGGCUCCACCUUCUCGGGUCUGGUCUCCGCUGCAAGCUCUUCGCUCUCCCAAUGGCUCACCCCCUCUGCAGGCGCCUCCCUCUCUUACCAGCACGCCCCUGCCACAGACUCCACCUCCUCUGGCCUUGCCCCCUCUGCAGGCCCCGCCCUCUCCCAGGGCCACGUCCCCUUUGCAGGCCCCGACCCCUCCCAGGGCCACACCCCCUCUACAGGCUCCGCCCUCUCCCAGGGCCACGCCCCCUCUACAGACACCAUCCUCUCCCAGGGCCACACCCCCUCUACAGGCUCCACCCUCUCCCAGGGCCACACCCCCUCUACAGGCCCCACCCUCUCCCAGGGCCACACCCCCUCUCCAGGCCCCGCCCUCUCCCAGGGCCACACCUCCCCUACAGACCCCGCCUGCUCUGUCUGUGUCACCGCCCCCUUCCACGACCACGCCCCUUUCUCAGGCUCCGCCUCCUUUGGUCUUGCCUCCUCUUCAGUCCCCUCCUCUUUUGGCCUCCUUCCCACAGCCUGCACCUUCUCGGCCCUUAUCCCCUUUGCUGGUGCCUUCUCCAGGCUCACCCACGCUGCAGGCCCCUCCCUCUCCUAGGACCACGCCCCCUCCACAGCCCCCGCCCUCUCCCAGGGCCACGCCCCCUCCACAGGCCCCGCCCUCUCCCAGGGCCACGCCCCCUCCACAGGCCCCUCCUUCUCUGGCUGUGUCCCCACCCUCCGUGACCACACCCCCUCGUCAGGCUUCCUCUCCUUUGGCCUUGCCCCCUCUGCAGAGCCCUCCCUCGCUGGCCACGCCCCAGCCGCAGGCUCCUCCUUCUCUGGCCACGCCCCAACCACAGACCCCGCCCCUGGCCACGCCCCAGCCCCCGCCCCCGCCCGCUCUGGCCACGCCCCAGCCCCAGGCCCCCCCUUCGCUGGUGCUGCCCCCUCUGCAGUCCUCCCCUUCUCCACCCACCUCCCCCCCGCGGCAGGGCCCCCGCCGCCCCCCGACCCCGGGUCCCGAUGCCCCGAUCCCGGGCCCACGGCUGACCCUGGCGCUAGCCCCGGUGCCGCCGCCGCCUUCCCGGAGCCCGUCCAGUACGCUGAGCGGCCCGGACCUGGCGGGCCACAGCAGCAGCGCCACCAGCACGCCCGAGGAGCUGCGCGGCUACGACAGCGGGCCCGAGGGUGGCACCGCGGCCUCCCCGCCCGCCGACGCCGAGCUCGCCGCCUGCCACCCCGCCGCCUGGAGCCGAGGUCCCGCGCCGCCGCUGGCCCUGCGGGGAAACCCGGGGGCGCCUCUGCCGUGGUCUCCUGCGGCCGGAUCGGGCUCCGCCGACGGCCUGUGCACCAUCUACGAGGCGGAAGGACCCGAGUCGGCCACGGCCACCCCGGACACGCUGGACCCCGAGUCCGGGUCCUGCGCGGGCGCGGGCAAGGCGGCGACGGGCGUGGGCGCGGGCGCGGCGUCGCGGGGCGCGAAGCCCGCGCGCCUGGGCGAGCUGCCGCUGGGCGCGCUGCAGGCCAGCGUCGUGCAGCAGCUGCUGAGCCGGACGCUGAUGCUGGCGGCGGCCGAGGGGGCGGCGGGGGGCGGCCCCGGCGGCGCGGGAGGGGGCGGCGUGGCGGGGGGGGCCCGCACCGCGCUCAGCGACGCCGAGCUGGGCCGCUGGGCCGAACUGCUGUCUCCGCUGGAUGAGUCCCGCGCCAGCAUCACCUCGGUCACCAGCUUCUCCCCCGACGACGUGGCCUCCCCGCAGGGGGACUGGACAGUGGUGGAGGUGGAGACCUUCCACUGAGCCGGAUGCUAAUCCAGUCCACCAGCCCUCGCCCUGGCAUUAUGCCUCUUAGCCUCCCGCACCCCUUACUGCUCCUGGAGUUGUGCUCUUGGGGGAGGGGAGGGGGGAUUGUUCUUAGUCCCCUAGGACCCCGA